UCCUCCCUCAAACUCAUCCAAACUACAAAACCUUCCACAAAAAGAGUUAAAAACUACUACAAUUAUGGUAGUUUAUCAUUACCUUAACACAAAACUAAACCUCUUACCACCCAAUUAGAAAUAUUGGCCGUCAACUCCGCCGGAAUAUCCUCUCUACUAAACCAAAACAUUCACCAAUUCAUGUGAUGUCAAAUUCAUUUCUAAUCCAACAUUUUUUUAUUUUUUAAACCUUCCAAUUAUUUCUAAACCCUCUUUCAUUUUUUCAAAGACAAAAAACCAACAUAUCGCCAUUACACUGUCCACCUUACUCCAUCCCUCCUUACUAUAUACCUCCCCCACCUCUACUUUUUCUCUCUCCUAACAAAAAUAAAUUCAACUUUUGUUUGAUUUCAUUUUUAGUGAGUUUGUUUUAUUCAUUAAUUUCAACUUGAACUUUUUAUUGGAAGCUCCAGCAAAAAUGGAGUCUCCGCCGCGAAGUAGCGGAGCUGGUGGUGAAGAUGGUGGUAUUGAAUCAGCUGAGAAGAUAAUACUACGAUGGGAUUCUACAGUAUCUGAAGAAGCUAGAGAUAAGAUGAUUUUCUCCGGUGACCGUCAUGAAGUUGACCGUUACCUUAAAGCAGUUGAUGAGAUCCAACGGUCAGUUCAUUCACUAGCUAUGGCUUCUCCUUCUUCCGGCGGUAGUGGUGGUGGUGGUGAUCGUAACCCUAAUACUAUCCAAAUCGCCAUGGCUAGACUUGAAGAUGAGUUCCGUAACAUCCUCCUUUCUCACUCUUCUGCGGUUGACGCUGAUUCACUAUUAGUUGAUACACCUCGUUCUCACUCCUCUUCUUCUCGCGAUCAUUUCGACCAUUUCGCCGCCGCCGCCGACGCCGCCGUUGAAGAUGAGGAGAGAGGAAAUAUUCCGAGGUUAGACAGCGGUGGAAGCAGCAGUGGUGGUGGUGGAGGUGGUGGUGGAAGUUCGAGUUCGUCGAGGAGAAGUAUUAGGUCGACUACAAGUAUAAGAGAAGUUGAUCUGAUUCCAUUAGAUGCGAUCGGAGAUCUUAGGAGUAUCGCGGAACGUAUGAUCGCAGCUGGAUAUUUGCGUGAGUGCAUCCAGGUGUAUGGAAGUGUGAGAAAAUCUAGCGUUGAUGCGAGUUUCCGAAACCUAGGGAUCGAGAAACUUAGCAUCGGAGAUAUACAGAGAUUGGAGUGGGAUGCAUUAGAGAAUAAGAUCAGGCGUUGGAUUAAAGCUGCUAAAGUUUGUAUUAGGACGCUUUUCGCUUCUGAGAAGCGUCUUAGUGAGCAGAUCUUUGAUGGAUUGAAUGCAUAUUCUUCAUCAUCAUUAUCUGGUGGUGGUGCUUGUUGUGGUUCAUCUCCACCUCCAUCUCCGUGUUCGUAUUCGGAGGCGUGUUUUCUGGAGACGGUGAAAGGACCUGCAAUGCAGUUGUUUAAUUUUGCGGAGGCGAUAAGUAUAAGUAGGAGAUCGCCGGAGAAGUUGUUUAAGAUCCUUGAUUUGCAUGAUGCGUUGGCGGAGCUUUUAGCUGAUAUUGAGGUUGUGUUUGAGUCUAAGACGGCGGAGUCGAUUAGGGUGCAGGCAGCUGAGAUCUUAUCGAGGUUGGCGGAGGCGGCAAGAGGGAUAUUGUCGGAGUUUGAGAAUGCUGUAUUGAGGGAACCUUCAAGGGUUCCAGUUCCUGGUGGGACAAUUCAUCCAUUGACUAGGUAUGUGAUGAAUUAUAUUAGCUUGAUAUCUGAUUAUAAGCAGACUUUGUUUGAGUUGAUUGUAUCGAAACCAUCUUCGAGUGGGACGAGGUAUUCUGGGGAAUUAUCUGUGCCGGAUUUUGAUUUUUCGGAGUUAGAGGAAGAGAGGACUACAUUAGCUUUGCAUUUGAUUUGGAUAAUUGUUAUUUUGGAAUUCAAUUUAGAGGGGAAGUCACAACAUUAUAAAGAUACAUCUUUGGCUCAUUUGUUUAUGAUGAAUAAUGUUCAUUAUAUUGUACAAAAGAUUAAAGGGUCACCUGAAUUAAGGGAGAUGAUUGGAGAUGAAUACUUGAAAAAGUUGACAGGGAAAUUUAGGCUUGCUGCUACUAGUUAUCAGAGGGCUACUUGGGUGAAAGUGUUGAAUUGUUUGAGGGAUGAGGGUUUACAUGUGAGUGGGAGUUUUUCUUCCGGGGUGUCCAAGAGUGCGUUGAGAGAGCGGUUUAAGUCUUUCAAUGCAGUGUUUGAAGAGGUUCAUCGGACUCAAGCCAUGUGGUUUGUGCCCGAUACACAGCUCCGAGAGGAGCUUAGGAUAUCAAUAGCGGAGAAAUUGCUCCCCGCUUAUCGAUCAUUUCUUGGUCGGUUUAGGAGCCAUAUUGAGAGUGGCAGACAUCCGGAGCAGUACAUCAGGUACUCAUGGGAAGAUUUGGAUUCAGCUGUAUUGGAUUUGUUUGAGGGUAACCCAGUUACGCAACACAUGAGAAAAAGGUCACAGGGAUAAUGAUUGUUCAACUAUGACACUAGAAGCUAGGAAUUCAUUCUUUAAAUUUUUUUGAGGAAGCCUUUCGGGUGAUGGCAUUCUGUUUGAACUAUGGUGAUUCCUGAAGACUUCUUUCCCCUGAAGAAACAUCUGUUGAUUCAUCAAGGAUUAUAGUGAAGCAAGUAGGAAAAGAUCAAUAUCUUCCCUCCAGGAUGCCAGAGUCUGAAUGUUUCUAUCCUAAGACUUACUUGGUUGCACAUCUACUUGAAAACCUUUGCAAGUUGAAUACCAAACAUGCUUAUGGCAUUUCAUGUGUGUUAUUAACAUCUUUUCGGAGUGUCUCGGUCUGAAGGUGAUAUGGCGUUUGGAUUUGCUUUCAUGUUAACAUCUGGAUGGUUUGUUAACCUAUGUCUAUCUAUACACUUCAAGCCAAACUUUAUUUUGUCUUUUAUUAUAUUUAAACAGGUUAAUUCCUUUGUA